AUGAGUAAAUCCCAUGAUUAUAACUUUGAACUGGCAAAGCGUGAUACCUCUACACGACAUCAAAAGCAAAGUUUUACACCAGUCACAAGCAAACGUAGAGAACAAAGAUUUACACCAGCUACAAGCAAACGUAGAGAAAACUCAUCUUCAUUUUAUCUCAGCCGUUUCAUCGCUGUGGCUAUGGGGAUCCGUUUCAUUGUUAUGGCAAUGAUAUGGAGUGCCAUAUUCAUACACUCAUUAUCCAACCAAGAAGUUCCAGUUUCUUUGAAAGGUAAUUACUGUGGCCCAUGUCCUAAAAACUGGAUAUGUUAUAGAAAUAACUGCUAUCAAUUUUUUAAUGAGAAUAAAAACUGGUACCAGAGCCAAGCUUCUUGUAUGUCUCAAAAUUCCAGCCUUCUGAAGAUUUACAGCAGAGUGGAACAGGAUUUCCUUAAAUUGGUGAAGUCAUAUCAUUGGAUGGGACUAGUGCAAAUUCCAACAAAUGGAUCCUGGCAGUGGGAAGAUGGGUCCUUUCUCUCGCCCAGCCAACUAACAAUGAUUGAAAUGCAAAAUGGAACCUGUGCAGUCUAUGGCUCAAGUUUUAAAGGCUAUACAGAAAACUGUUUAAAUCCAAACACGUAUAUCUGCAUGCAGAGGAUUGUAUAA